GGCCACGCGCGUCCGACCGUUGUUGCACUUCGCCAUCAACCGCUUCAGUGCUAGAGCGCGUUCCUCCGCGCUAAACCUACAUAACCUAAAAGUCAAACAACACUGAUUAUUUUUAGUAUUAUUCGUUUUAAAUAAUUAAAUAUCAUUAAAUACUCAUGAUUACCUCGAAUUUAUAAAGUUAGUGUUGUGAAAGUUGACGCCCAAACCAAGGGCGUGCGUGGAGUGUAUUUUUGUGCAACACAAAGUAAAUACAAACGGCAAGCUGUGGGGAUCGGGGGCCUUUUUUUUGCCGCCGCAGGGGAUGUACUAUCCUGUGAGUAACGGCAAUGUCAUCGAUACGGGAACACCAACCCUACUGCACAUGGUGGGGACGGGCAUGGCGGCCCCGUUCCCUGCGGCGGCGGCGGCUGCGGCCGCGGCAGCACAGUUCGCCGCUAACGGAGACGCGCUGGCCGGCGUGAAGGCGGAGGCCGGCGGGCCGACCGCGCCGCAGACGCUCGUCAAGAGCGAGGGCCCGCCCCCGCCUGCGCAGCUGCCUCCCGCUAACUUCUCACCGCAGCCACCGCCACAGUCACAUGCACCGAAUUCCAUAGAAAACCAAAAUAAUAACUCACAAAGCGAAGGUGAAUCAAAUGAAGAAAACAAUGGUGUGAGUGCGGCGGCAGUGGCGGCCCAGCAAGCGGCGGCGGUGGCGCAGCAGGCGGCGGCGGCGCACGCGGCGGCCGCGGCCGUCAGCGCCGCCGUCGCCAACGCCGCCACCGCCACGCCAGACAAGGCACUCGUCCCCGUCUCACAGGCGUCGCAACCCAAGCGGCUACACGUCUCAAACAUACCUUUCAGAUUUAGAGAUCCCGAUCUCAGAAAUAUGUUCGGGCAAUAUGGCACAAUACUUGAUGUAGAAAUAAUCUUCAACGAACGAGGCUCCAAGGGAUUCGGUUUUGUAACAUUCGCAAAUAGUGGUGAUGCGGAGCGAGCACGAGAGCGUCUUCACGGCACCGUGGUUGAGGGCAGAAAGAUAGAGGUGAAUAAUGCGACAGCGAGAGUUCAGACAAAGAAACCCCCGGCGGUGCCCAACGUGUGUGUCCAGUGGCCAGAAGGUGAGGCUCGGUUACCCUCUGUGUAUGAUAACGCGGCCGCCGCGCGCCGCCCGCGCCCCCCCGCGCCCGCGCCGCCCGCGCUGUCUCCGCACGCGCUGUCGCACGCUGUGUUGCCCCGCGCCGCCUACGCGUCGCCGUUGCACGCCUAUGCACAUGUAUAUUACGACCCCUUCCUAGCCGCGGCCGCCACGGCUGACUCCAACUACAGACUGCAGGCUGCGAAGCCGGCUGCCGAGGCGGCGGCAGCAGCGGCAGCGGCGGCGGCGCCCCUGCUGAAGUCCCCGCUGACGACGGCGCAGCACGCGGCGGCGGCGGCGGCGGCCGCUAACUACGGCGCUGCCGCGCGCGCCGCCGCAGCCGCCGUUAGCGCCGCGCCCGCGCCCGCCGCGCUCACACCCCUCGCGGCCGCCACGUACGGCAGGGAGUAUGCAGACCCCUAUCUAGGUCACGGCAUUGGCCCGGUCACAGGUUACGGGACUGCAGUGUAUAGAAGUGGUUACAACAGAUUUGCGCCAUACUAAGCCAUUGGAACAAACAAUUUUACUCGAAUAUGAACCUACCUUCGUCUCCUCUACCUAACAUGACAAUGAACUCUCUUUGUAAACGUACAAACGUAAUUGAUAAUUUAAGGAAUCGGUAAUAGUGCUAGCCGACUGUACGACGUAAGCUUGGGUAGCCUAGAACAACAGUUGAGCGAGGAACGCCCGCACCUCAACUUAUGAAUACCAAAGUCAUUAACAUUUCUAACAGAAAUAGUUUAUUAAGUUAAACUGUAUUGUAAAUUAUUUGUGUAAUGCAUAUACAAGUGCGAGCAGCUAAAGUAAGCGCAUUCGUUCUAUUUAGGUAUUGUAAGAAUGACUAUUUUACUAAUCACACAUGAGUGAAUGUGAAUACCUACUCGUGCAUCAU